GACAAGCUCCCCGAGUUCAUCGUGCAGACCGGCUCCUACAUGUUCGUGGACGACAAGACGUUCUCCAGCGACGCCCUGAAGGUGACGUUCCUCAUCACCCGCCUCACCGGCCCGGCUCUGCAGUGGGUGAUGCCCUACAUCAAAAAGGACAGCCCCCUGCUCAGCGACUACCGGGGCUUCCUGGCCGAGAUGAAGCGGGUCUUCGGGUGGGAGGAGGACGAGGACUUCUAGGCCGCGAGACCCACGGGCCUGGGGCCGGUGCUCCGGGAGGGUGGGCUGUGCCAGUCCGCGCGUGCGC